AUGGGUCCAUUAGCAUUAUUUGCAGCAUCAAUCUUCUUGUUUGUUAUUGAAUUGUGUCAGCAUGUUGAUGGAACUGGAAGCAAAUGUGAUAUUUACAAAGGAAAAUGGGUGUAUGAUGCUUCUUAUCCUCUUUACAAUUCAAGUAAUUGCCCUUUCAUACACCAAGAAUUCAGUUGCCAAAACAAUGGUCGACCUGACCAUCUCUACCAAAACUUCAGAUGGCAACCCACCUCAUGCAACUCGCCAAGGUUCAAUGGGAAAGACUUUUUACGAAAAUUUAGAGGGAAGAGGAUCAUGUUUGUAGGUGACUCAUUGAGCUUAAAUCAAUGGCAGUCACUCACAUGUAUCCUUCAUAGAGCUGUACCUGGAGAGGCAUACAUCUCGCAAAGAGUUGAAGCCAUCUCCACGUUCAGUUUCCCGGCAUACGGAGUUUCGAUUAUGUUCAUACGCAAUGCAUUUCUGGUUGAUAUUAUUAACGACAAAGACGGCCGAGUUCUAAAACUGGACUCAAUCGAGGGCGGACGAAAUUGGAAAGGAUACGACGUGUUGAUCUUUAACACUUGGUAUUGGUGGCUUCUUACGGGAACAAAACAACCAUGGGAUUAUAUCCAAUACAAUAACAUAACUCGCAAAGACAUGAAUCGUAUGGUAGCCUAUAGGAAAGCAUUGGGGACAUGGGCCGGAUGGGUGAAACACAAUGUACAUCCUGCUAAAACAAAGGUGUUCUUUCAAGGAGUCUCCCCCAAUCAUACAGAUUCGAGGGAAUGGGGGGAUCCAACGACAAAGACUUGCCGGGGGGAAACAUGGCCUACGUUAAGCACGGCGUAUCCGAGUGGUCCACCGGCAGCACAAGAUGUUUUAAAGAGAGCGUUGCGAAGUGUGGCAAAGGCAGUUCAUUUGCUUGACAUAACAGGGUUGUCGCAACUGAGGAAGGACGGACACCCUUCAGCCUUUGGCUACGGCGGCCACCGCGGUAACGAUUGUACACAUUGGUGUCUCCCUGGAGUUCCUGAUAUAUGGAACCAACUGCUCUUUGCAUCUCUCAUGCAAAACUGA